AUAUUUCGGAUAUUAUAAAUUGCAACCGUUAAGCAAAGUAGCUUUGUGUGGCCAUGGUGACAAUUAACUGCGAUUGCCUUGUCUCUUUGCGUAAAUCUGGACCAGGAACGUUAACAUUUUAUUAAUUUAUUGCUCAUGAGGUGUUCAUGUGGAAAGGAAAUCACUAAAACAUUGCCAAAAUGUCGAAUUCUUCAACAAAAUUAAUUCCGCGACCGAGGACAAGCAGCAACCCUUUGAGCAGGUCGCUACCUGUUGCGACCGCCGGAGCUUCGGGGACAGCACCUGCUGAUAGGGUGCUGAAGUAUAGGGCAGAACACUCUGGUGAUCGUUCACUGAAGAAAACGGCGCAGGUCUCGCCACUUCAGAUGAGUACACCGUCAAUGCGCUCAGGAACCACCUUCAAGACAAACAAACUGCAAACAAAGAACAGUACAUGGACACCUAUUCUACAUAAACCAUCAAACGAACAGCUCUACUUGGAAAGGAGAGAUUUAACUGCUCAUUGGUUUGACUUGUGGACCGACUCCCAGCGGAAGCGAUUCCUGCAGUUCCUGCUGGUGCAUUGUAAGCGUAGCCAGCUUGUCUUCAUUCAGCAGUUCUUCGACAGUAAAAUCCCCCUGACCCACGUGGACUUCACCAAGAUCCUGCCACGGUUCCUCUGCCUCUACAUCUUCUCGUUCCUAGACCCUCGUAGCCUCAGCCGCGCAUCCAUGGUCUGUUGGCACUGGAAGUUUGUCACUGAACAGGAUGAGCUGUGGAUACACAAGUGCCUCCGACACGGCUGGCUCCUGCCGUAUGUCCCCAGAGAGAACGAAUUCGGAGCUUGGAAGAAACACUACAUCAAAUGCUUCAGGUCACUGGAUGUUACACAGCCUAAUGAAAAGUCUGACAGAUAUGGCAAGCUGGGGGACGGUUCAACACUAGCGGAGAAGGAGUAUUUAAGGAGAUUGAAAGCGGGCAGGACCAAGGAACCACCUCUUAAUCCACAUCCCUAUGCUGAGAGGGGGCCAUGGCUUGACCCUGAUCCACGACCCCAGGACACUGAGAAGGCUUUCAAGAGCAUGGCGGACUCGGCCAACCCGACCUUUGGCCUAUCCAAGGCGCACCAGCGAUCAUGGACUGAACCUGCCCGCAACUUUGAAUAUGGCCUGGAGUCCGGCGAUAGAAAGAAACAGCAUAGAGUGAACCAGGAUGUAGAAGAAACGAUAGGCAACGGCAGGAGUCUAGCCACCUCGCUAUCAGCCUGUAUAGCAAUAGAACUGAGUGAGAGCCCAGACAAGAUCAACAAGGCCUGGGCGAAACCUCAAGUUCAGCCAGUCUCUAGAAGACCUGAUCUAUCUAGAGGUGGAGACUACUCUGCAUUCAAGGAAACGUCCAAACAUGAUGUAGGGUCAAAGGUCAUCAGAGGGGAUUCCCCUUUCAGGAUUCUGCUUAUAUCUAGUGAAGUACCAGCUUAUCAACUCCUUGUGUCAGCGGCCAAACCAGACGUGUUACCCAUAGUGUAUGAGUAUAAUGGCAGCACCAUAGAGUCCCUCCUGGAGAUGUUACAAGCUACUGUAGGGUCACAUCAAGCCAGGAGCAUUGGUUUAUUCACUCUUGGAGAGGACUCGGUGCGAAUCAUCAGAGAGAUGGCCAUCACGGCCAAGAUGAUAGAACAUCCGGACAUCAAGAACUUCUGGGAGUCUUUCUCUCAGUGCAUCGAGUCGGCCAAAGAGGGCGGAUCCAUGGAUUUCUUUGCCCCGCUCGAGGCUACAGCUGGAGGCCACGAGAUGAUGUCCCGUCUAUCGUCUCUGCUGGGUCUCCGCUUGUCCAGCCCCGCCACUCUCUCACCCACUCGAUUUGAUUAUGUCACAGGUGAAUGGCUGGACACCGCCCACACGCGGCCCAACCCUUCGCCCCACUCCCUCUACUUCCAAGCGGGUCCCCUGCAGGCCUGGCAGGCUCUUGCUGGUCGAGUGGCCGAGGCAACCACGCGAUGCAGUGAAGACCUCAGGGGAUUCUUCGUCCAGAGGAGAGAGCAACUACUCCACAGGGUAACAGGUGAUGUAGUUCUGCAGGAGUUGGGAGAGGAUGGACUAAGCGUAUGUGAUCAGAUCAUGGAAGCACUGAGAGAAGCCCUGGAGGAACUAGCCAGACACCCUGAUCAAGCAAGUGAAAGUCAAGAUGAUCUGUCCAUAGGAGAAGACAUUGAGGAGGAGAUCGAGGAGGAGUACGAUGAGGGGAGCGAGCAGGAGCUGAUCAAACCCACUAAGUCCCGUUCUGAACCCAUCCAAUCAAAAACAUUCUUACGGACACAUUCCAAACCAAGUACUAUGAAACAGACAUUUCAAUCUAUGCAGUUGACCACCCCCCCUGGGAAGACCCAGUCGGAGCGGAGGAGAGCGCUGGCCAAUGAGAUCCUUGAUUCAGAGCGGGUUUACCUGCGAAGACUCAACAUCAUUCACAAUGUCUACUUUGAGAGACUGGCGGCAGCUCUUCGAUCGAACCAUGCAAUCAUUGGACAGACGAAUAUCAGUCUCAUCUUCACCGAUACAAAUAAUAUACUUAAUGUAACAAGGGGUCUUUUUGAAGAAUUGAAAGGACGAGUAGAGAGUUGGAGUGCCCAAAUGUGCCUAGGAGACUGCUUUAUCAAGUUCCAAUCAAAACUCAAGGCCUAUACCAACUUCCAUAACAACUAUGCAAUUAUCCUCUCCACAAUAGAUAAGUGUCGAGAGCAAGAGCCUUCAUUCCGUGCCUUCCUCAAACAGCACGACAGCUCAGCCUCUUCCGAGAUGAUGACUAUGGAUGAGCUGUUGCUAGGCGUGGCCCAUCACAUCCACCACUACACUCGCCUCCUCUUAGCCAUUCAUCAUGCCACACCCGACGACCACCCAGACAAAGAGGACUUGAUGACCGCCAUUGAUACAUUCCGGCAGCUGCAAGAUCUUAUCGACCAGAACAAGCAGCGAGGUGAAAGAGAGCGUGUCUUGAAAGGGCUUCAGAAGCGCAUCGUCGGUUGCCCCAGUCUUCUAGAGGCCAACAGGUUCCUGGUCCAACAAUUAGAGACGGUUGCCCUGAUGGAGUCAGUAACCCACGGCAAGACCAGUGAAUCCAAAGGGCCCAUGAAGCAUGUGAAUGACCUUUGCCUGUUUCUGUUCAACGAUGCUCUUGUCGUCACCCACGAGGGCUCCCGUCAUGUGCCUUACACCCGCCGCUCGGAGACCUUCUACAGGUUCAUGGUGGCUCUGAGUCUGACAAGAUUGCAGGUUCAGGAUGUGCCAGAUUCCAAAUAUGUCCAGCAUGCUAUCCUGUUGAUUUCACCGAAGAAGAGGCUGCUGUGCUCAGCCGAAGACUACUCAUCCAAGGUGGCCCUCCUCAGCAUACUGGAGGAAACGAUUCGAGCUGCUUUAGAUGUGGACUGAAACAAUAACAACAAUGACAACGGCAACGCCAACAACGGCAACAUGAACAACAACAUUCUGUGUAGCCUGGUACAUCCUCAAUGCUUGUAAACUUUUUAUGGACACAUCACCACCCCUGGUCAGGGAAUCCAGGGUUUCCUGUACACCUUGUGUUCACCCCUCCGCUCCCUGGGGAGCAUUCCAGCAAGUUGUCUUUUUAGAGGAGCACACAAUGCUGACCCAACAACAACUUAUGGUGCUCACAUCCUACCCAUUAAACACCUGGGUGGGGAGAAGCAAUAUACAUCAAGUGCCUUGUGCCGCAAUGCCUUAAGUGCACCUCCAGUCGACUCUUCACCCGCUUGGCCCAUGUAAAGGAUCAAACGGCGGACUGCCACUGUCAAAUUUUGUCAAAAGAUCAAUGUGCGUGUCUUACAAUCACCAAAUAGUGUCUAGGGUUUCAUUCUGCAGGGAAUACAGAGUUAAACCACUCAAUUAUAUCUCUACAGUAUACCGUAGUGCCUUUUCAACUGAUGAAACUGCUUAGAUGGUAUCCUCAAUACAAGUAGUGCCUUUGAUGCUGAUUAUUUAGAGUUGCAAAUCUGCAAAUAUUGUAAAACGCAUUAAAUUAAGUGGUGGUUAUUUUACCUGACUGCUAAGAAAGCGUGAAUGCUUGUAAGGAAGAAACCAGAGGACCGACGGCUUUAGGUCAUCUCCGAGGGACAACUGCAGUAAAGGGAAUUGUCAACAGUAUCGUGCCUUUAAGAAUGAUUUCCUUGAUGCUUGCAUUGCAUUGUUUUGUGCAAGUACGUUAAUUACCUUCUUGGACUAGAUGCAUCUUUUUGAUGUUGUGGCUUAAAGUGUACCAAUCUCUUGAAAAAAUAAAUGAUGUAUAUCUAGAAUUUUUAAAAAUCAACCUAAGGAAAUUUUACCUGGCAUUCUAUAGUUAAACAGCUAAGGAGUUUGAAGAAAAUAAGGAUAACAUAAAAUCCCAGAUGUAGGGCUCGCACGGAACCCAAGUCGGACUUGAGUCCGAGGUAUGCUGUAGUAAUUAGUUGUUGCUAUGUCGGGCAUGCGUCAGGCAAUGCAUUUUAGUCGUCAAGAGAAAGUUUUGUUUGAAACGCAUCUAUGAAAGUAGUAAACGGUUCUAUUGAACUAGGCAUGGAUAUUUAUUAUAUUAUACAAUGUAUAACAGUUGCUGAUGAUAAAAUUGUGCAGAUCGAGUGCCAGAGUGGAUGUGCCUUUUAGCAUUCCUAGUAUUGUUCCAACUUUCAACAGAGGCUGCCUUUUGUACAAUAGGGUACAUUACGUAACAUGUACCAUAUUACAGGAAACAUUUAUGUGUGUUCAAUAGCCAUAAUCAAACAUGAGCUUGACAAGCUCUUCCCUUUGAGUGGUAUAUCAGUCAAAGUGAGGUACAUUCAGACACAAUUAUCUUCAAGACACUAAUUUUUUAGGGCACAAUGUGCAAAAUUGUUAGUCGAGACAUCUGAUCUUCAGUAUUCCACGCCAGAACCACCUCAGAUUGUAAUCAUUUGUAGUUAAUUAUGAUAAAGGCAUUGAACAUCACCGAUCCGACCUUUUCAUGAUAUCCUGAACAUGUAAGAGCAAAGUUAUGGAGGUUUAUAAAAAGCGGAUACAAGUGUUGUGUCUGUUAUGCUUCGAUCAUUUGAGCUAUUUCAAGGAAAUGCGUAAUCAAAUUAUUUUACACCAUGUACAGUACAAUGUAUAGAUGUUUAUAGUAUGAUAUUAUAAGCUUCUAUUCAAAAGAGGCUUAAAACAUAUUUCUAGUAACUAAAUAUGAUUGAUCUAUUUUUAUAAGGCUACUUUAAACAUAUUUCUAGUAACUUAAAAAAA